CCACGAGUCUUCUUCUCCAAAAAAGCCAUCGACUUCUGUUCUAUUUCCACAUUCGUCCUCUGAAAACCCUAAUUUCCUCCCUGCAGCCAACCAAUAGUCUGCAGCUGAAGAUUUUACAGAAAGUUUGUCCAAUCGAAUCGGAAUGGACGAAACUGCCAUUCCUCCGUCGGAAUCCGUGGCGUCUCUCUCGGUUUCCUCUCCGCCCCCUCCCCAAACCUCCUCCUCACAGAUGAGCUUAGAGGAGAGGUUCAGGAUUGUCAGGAGUGUGGGGGAAGAGUGUAUUCAAGAGGAUGAACUGUUGAACCUUUUGGAGAAGAAGCCCCAGCUUGUUUGCUAUGAUGGUUUUGAGCCAUCUGGCAGAAUGCACAUCGCUCAGGGAGUCAUGAAGGCAAUCAAUGUGAACAAACUGACUUCUGCUGGUUGCAAGGUCAAAAUUUGGAUAGCAGACUGGUUUGCCCAGUUAAACAACAAAAUGGGUGGUGAUUUGAAAAAAAUCAAAGUUGUUGGUGAAUACUUAAUUGAGAUUUGGAAAGCUGUGGGGAUGAAUUUGGAAGGCGGUCAGGUAGAGUUUUUGUGGUCCUCUGAUGAAAUAAAUUCCAGAGCCAAUGAGUAUUGGCCCUUGGUAAUGGACAUAGCACGGAGGAACAAGCUUCCCAGGAUAGUCAGGUGCUGCCAGAUUAUGGGUCGUAAUGAGCAAGAUGAAUUGACUGCUGCUCAAAUUUUUUACCCUUGCAUGCAGUGCGCAGACAUAUUCUUCCUCAAGGCUGACAUCUGUCAAUUGGGCAUGGAUCAGCGCAAAGUGAAUGUUCUCGCAAGGGAGUACUGUGAUGAUAUUAAGAGGAAAAAUAAACCUAUCAUUUUGUCCCAUCACAUGCUGCCUGGCCUACAGCAGGGGCAGGAGAAGAUGUCAAAGAGUGACCCAUCUUCUUCUGUAUACAUGGAGGAUGAAGAGGCGGAGGUUAAUCUCAAGAUAAGAAAGGCAUACUGCCCUCCACAAAUUGCAGCAGGGAAUCCUUGUCUUGAGUACAUAAAAUAUAUAAUCUUACCUUGGUUCAAUGAGUUCAAGGUUGAGCGCAGUCCUCAAAAUGGUGGUGACAAGAUCUACAAGACUUUUGAAGAAUUAGCUGUUGAUUAUGAAAGUGGUGAACUGCACCCAGGUGAUGUCAAACCUGCGCUAGCUAAAUCGUUGAACAAAAUACUCCAGCCCGUUCGUGACCAUUUUAAGAAUGACGCAAACGCUAGAGAGCUACUGAGAAGGGUGAAGAGUUACAAGGUCACUAAAUGAGGUGGAGUGGAGAAAAAUUUGCACGAUAAACCAGUGUUUCUGUGGACGACCUGAAGCUGUUUGAACAUGCCACUUUUUUGGGGCAGCAGUUUAUGAUGAAUUUUUGCCAAUAUCCUUCGCUAGCAACUAUGCGGGAUAUUGUAUCAUGUACUUUGUUGACGAACAUUUAAAUUGAAUCAAAUAUACGAGGCACUUUAGAAUUAUUCGAGUGCGCUCUCUAUA